AUGGAGCGUUUGACUGAUCGCUACGUCAAAGGCCCUGCUAGGGUCGAUAUCCUGGACGAAUUGAUAGACAUCAAAGCCGACACUGAUGAACUGAUUCUUCAAUCUCAGUCUUUCGCGAAUGAAUGCUACAAGACCGAAGUUUAUCGCAUAAUUAACGGAUCGGGCGGUCGCGACAAAGCGCUGGGGCGAUGUACUGGUAAAUUUGAGACCUCAGCGAGACUUCCAGGUGGGCAGGACCUUGGCCUAAGCGACGAUUCUCUGGAGGACACUGCUACCCAUCUGACAGUCCGAGAUACCGAGCCCAUACCCAACCAACCCACUGUCUACCAGCGGACCUAUUUAUUCGCCUGCAACCGCGCUGAUGACGGGACUGAGGUUCUCGCCUCAAUGCAGGCUGCGCAUACCGCGGUGGAUAACCACACUCAAUCAUAA